GUAUAAAGUCUACCGGGCGCGUCAGGGAUCCGUGUCUCCCCAGACUCCCAGGAUGGAGUCCAUGGCGCCCUGGACCCUCCUCCUGCUGCUGGCGGGGGCCCUGGCCCUGACCGAGACCCGGGCGGGCUCCCACUCCCUGAUGUAUUUCAUCACCGGAGUGUCCCGGCCCGGCCUCGGGGAGCCCCGCUUCUUCGCCGUGGGCUACGUGGACGACACGCAGUUCGGACGCUUCGACAGCGACGCCGAGAACCCGAGGGUAGAACUACCGUGGAUGCAGCAGGUGGAGCAGGAGUACGUGGACAGCCUCACACAGCUCGCUGAGAAGCACACACAGGAUUUCCGCGGCUACAUGAGUGACCUGCGUAGCUACUACAACCAGAGCGAGGCCGUCUCUCACACGCUCCAGCAUCUCUUCGGCUGCGAGGUCGGGGCAGAUGGGCUCUUCCUCCGCGGGUACAGGAAGUUUGCCUAUGAUGGCAAGGACUACAUCGUCCUGAAUGAGGACCUGCACACCUGGACUGCUGCUGACAAGGAAGCUCAGAUCACCAAGCGCAAGUGGGAAGAAGCAGCUGCGGCUGAGCAGCACAGAGCAUACAUGGAGGGGCACUGUGUGAAGUGGCUGAGCAGAUUCCUGGAGUUGGGAAAGGAGAAACUACAGCGCACAGACCCACCCACAGUACAUGUAACACAGCACCCAGUCUAUGACCAGAAGGCCACCCUGAGGUGCUGGGCCCUGGGCUUCUACCCCAAGGACAUCACACUGACCUGGCAGCGAGAUGGGGAGGACCUGACCCAGGACAUGGAGCUGGUGGAGACCAGGCCUGCAGGGGAUGGAAACUUCCAGAAGUGGGCAGCUGUGCUGGUGCCUUCUGGAGAAGAACAGAGAUACACAUGCCACAUAGAGCAUGAGGGGCUGCCUGAGCCCCUCACCCUGAGAUGGGAGCCUCCUCAGCCCACUGUGCCCAUGUGGGGAGUCAUCGCUGGCCUGGUCCUCGUGGCAGCUGUGCUCAUUGGAGCUGUGGUCACUGUUGUGAUGAUAAAGAGGAAGCGCUCAGGUGGGGAAGGAGGGAAUUACACUAGGGCUGCAGGUUGA